AAGCUGAGGAUCAUUUCAUUGGUUGCCUUGAAAUGUUACGGAAAACACGGGAAACAGAACAGAAACAAUAAAUGUCAAUAAUCUAAUCGGCCCUGACAGAAUACGUAACAGAUAUCAAAUAGCUUUGGAUACUCAGAUAGUCAUGGAGUGGCCCAAAGUUCAAGUAUUCUCAACCAAGUUCCAUACGGAGUAUAAAUUCAUAGGAGGUAGCUGGCUACCGAUGGCAAUGUGUUUUGCAAUGCUAUCUGCCAUUUUUGUGCCAUAUUUAAUUGUUCUUGGCCGAGGAACUCUCAAUCCUUUCUUACCCUUCGUAAGCCAGGCUGCCGGCAGCCCUCCUCAAAGUGGAGUAUUUACAUUGCUUAUUGUCACUUCUUGCCUGCUGGCCUUUAUAGGUCUCAAUUUGCUGCACAUGGGAGUUCGAAUUCAAAAGAAGAGACUAGAUGAUCAGUGGGCUCGCCAUACCACAUCUUUGCUCAAUAAAGUCUCACUUAUCCCUGGUCAUCUCGGUAUUCUAGGUAUGAUCCUUGUGGCAGGAUUCCCAAUUGACUUCUACAGGGCUUCCGAAAACUGGAUGAGUAUAACUAUCAUCCCUCAUCUUAUUGGAGCACUGUCACUAUUUCUAGGAGGAAUUUUCUACUGCAUUCUUAUCACCUACAUCAUGUCACUCCUACAUCCUGAACAGAAACAGCUACUGGGCAUAAGAGUAUUUCUCAUUUGUCUUAUUACAAUGUGCUCUGCAUUACAAGGUUAUACCGUUCGUGAUGGAUUCAUGGAAGGAUUAGAUGAAGGAAAUCGGUUGAAAGAUUGUGUUGUUGGACCUCAUAACGUACCAUAUAACAUGUCUUACCUUGUCAGCUCCGUCUGUGAAUGGUCACUCCUUUUAGCUUUCGUUGUAUUCUUUAUGACUUUACGGGAAGAAGCUGCGGAUUUCUGUUUCUCGAUGACUAUAACACUCAAAGAAGAUUCUCAGAUUAAGUCUCUUGAAAAGAAAGAAGAUUUUGAAACUAACGCAAAAGAUGAGAACCAGAACAUCGGAAAUUCAGAGGACAAAUGCUCUAUUAUUGAAGAAUAAUCUUAAAUUUUAGAAUUGAAAUUUAGGUUUUAAUUUGUGACACUAGUUCAUUGAUUGUGUUUUUAUACAUAUUUUGUGCAAUGUAUUUUACAUGUUUACGAAACAAUGCAAUACAGCUCAGUAGUUUCAAACGUGCGUUGUUCAUAUUUCUACAAUCAAUAAAUUCAAAGAGUAUAACCAAAACAAAGGUAAAACUCCUGCUUCGAAAACACAAA